AUGGACAAGAACUCUCUCUUAAACCCCAAAAUUUUCUAUACUGAAGCUCCAAUUUUGUUGCUUGAUGAUACACCAGUGACCAAGAAAAAGCUCCACAAGUGCUCGAAGGAGGCGGUGGCUGGAGAACUGGAAGGGUUUGUCAAAGGUUUGGUCACGUAUAUGGUGGUCGAUGGCUUGGUGGUUCAACUUAUGUCUACCAUCUCUUGCAUUAAUGUGCUUAACAAGUUCAAUGUGAAAGAAGUGGGUGCUCUUGUUGAUUUGGGUAUGGAUAAGGCUUCAAUUUUUGCAAGGAUCUUAAUUAUGAACAUGAUGGUGCGGUUCAUUCUGUCCAACUAUGUGGUUGUGUUUAGAACCUUGCUUCCUUAUGAACAGGUCUUGCGUCACCAGUUAUGUUCUCUUUUCAUGACUUCCCUGCGUACCAAUGCCGAGGUGAUUUCUUUUGAAGGAGAAACAGCAGAGCCUUAUUUCCGGCGUUUGGUAUUACGGUCAGUUGCCCAUAUUAUCAGGCUUUACAGCUCUUCCCUCGUCAUGGAAUCUGAGAUUUGCAUUAUGAGAGGAUUUGCUUCUAAUUCUAAACCACAUGCCUUCCAAGGAAGGCUUUUUAGAUUAGGUGACUGCAUGGAUAAGUGA